AUGAUAAGUAUUUUUAUUGAUAAAAUGGAUCAAGUAUUUUGUGCGUUAACAUUAUCCCAGAUUAUUUCGCUUUCAGCAACAGCCUUAAUCGAACCAUUUCUCAUUGAUGAAGCCAAAAAUCAUGACAUUUCUACAGAUUUUUUAAAAUUUGCAAUAAUUUUAUCAUUAUCUCUCCCAAUAGUCACUUCUCCAAUAAUUGGGAAAAAUUUACAAAGAUUUGGCAGACGAAAAUUAUUUGUAAUUAGCUGCAUUUUGCAAGGAAUUCCUUUUUUAUUCUUCAGCUUGCUGUCUCAUAUAAACAGUGCCUUUUACCUAUUUUUGUCUCUAAUUGCUUUUAUAAUUUUCGCACUCGGCCUCUCAAUUUCCCUUACAAGUACAAUUUCUUUUGUUGCUCUUUAUUACCCUACUUUUAUGGAAUCGAGGCUGGGAAGAGUUCAGAUCUUAUCUACAUUCGGAGCAAUGAUCGUAGCUUCAUUUGGGAUUACAAUGUAUAAUGUUUUUGGAUUUACAGUAUUUUGCCUUGUUUUUGGCAUUGGGAUUUUUAUAUAUACUCCUAUUAUCUAUCAAUUACUUCCAGAAGACAAUAAAUAUGUAGAGCUCGACGAGGUAAUCCAAUUCAAAAAAAUCAUCAGACUGCCUUCGAUAGAAAUCACAGGGAUGCUGCAAAUUUUUGCUUAUGCUUCAUAUAGCUUUUUAGGGCCAGUUUUAAGCAGCUAUUUACUUACUUUUAAUCUUACAGCAAAAUCUAUGACACUUAUAGUGUUUUUAUUAAACAUUUCUUUUGGAUUAGGGUUAGCUGGCAUCAGGUUUAUAAAUAUUGAUAGAAAGUACUUUAUGGUGAUUGGCAUAUUCUGUGUUGGCUUAGGAGAUUUAUUUUUACUUAUUCAUAAUGAAUGAGUUUUGGGCUUGUCUUUAACGCUACUUGGGUUUGGGACUUCUUUUAGUACACUUACAGUCUUGCCAGACAUGAUAGACGAGGGUUUUCCUUGAUUUUUACAUUAGGAUUUUCUUUUCCAUAAUUAAUUUUUUUUUUGUUGAAAAAAUAUAGUUUCCCUUUUAGCAAAUUUUUUUCUCUUGCUCACUUAUAAAAUCAGGAUUUCAAUAGUUUUUGCUCACUUGUGGGUGGGAAAAAAUUAUGGCUAAUUUACAGAUCAAAAGUAGAAACCAUGAUAGACACCGCGAUGCAAGUGUUUAAUUACUAUAAUGAUUCGCAUGUAUCAGAUUUUAUAUCUGGAAUCAUUAGUGCCUUAUGAUGCAGUGGAAAUUUAAUCGGCUACUUGAUUGCAAAAUCUUUGUAUAAAUCUAUUGGGUUUAAUUUUUGCGAAGCCAUCAUGGGGGUUGCGACUUUAAUAUUUUGCUUACUCCCGCAUCAUGAAUAAGCCAAACCAUUAAGAAAAUCCCUAUUUUUUGGCAAAACCCAUCCCCUAUGAGCAAGCAAAACAUUUUUUAGACAUAAAAAUUCUUUGAUAUGCUGUAAGAUAAUUAUUAUAAUGAAAUCUCCACAAUUUCAUUAUAAAAUAUAAAAUAUAAAAAUUUGAAUAUUAAAUAAUUAAUUCUUUUGGAAAAAAAAUUGAAGAGUAAAAAUUUUUUGCUCACUUCCUAGGGGGAGUUAGGAUUUGCAGGAUAUUUGAGACUAAACAAGCCAAUUAGACGUAAAGCAUCUAAAACAAUUUUGCUCGGACAUGAAUUAGACAAUAUUUCUCAAAACACUGAAAUGACAUCAUUCAACUUAAACUCACAACAUUAA